AUGAGGAACACGAAAGAAUGGGCCAGGCUUUGUUAUGACACAACAGCCUUGAUACUUAACAGAAGACCUAUAAGUCUCAUUCCAUUUAUAGGAAGAAUUGUAACAACAAGCGAUGAAGAACGUGGGUUUGAAUUGCUUGAUACAGUGACAGAUGGUUGUGGAGUAAAAUCCGACAUACUGGGUCGUUUCGAACUGAGCGGCAUCGUGCCCGCACCCCGUGGCAUUCCAAAGAUCGACGUCACUUUCGACAUGGACUCCAACGGGAUUCUGCACGUUACCGCCAAGGACACGGCUAGCGGUCGUAGCAACAACAUCCGCACCACCAACGACACGGGUCGCUUGUCGAAAGAGGAGAUCGAUCACAUGCUGUCCGACGCGGAACGCUACUGUGAACAAGACCAGGAAUAGCGCGAGAAGGUCGUUGCGCGCAAUCAGCUGGAGAGCUACGUGUUUACGGUCAAGCAAGCGGUGCAGGAUUGCGGCGACAAGCUCAACCAGAAGGACAAGAACAGCGUUCUUAGCUUGUGCGAAGACAUCAUUCGCUGGCUGGACAACAACUCCCUAGCCGAAAAAGACGAAUUUAAGCACAAGCUCAAAGAACUUCAGCGCCAAUGCUCGCCCAUCAUGACCAAGAUCCACACGGGAGGCAGCGCGGCCGGGCCACAGAACUGGGGCAAUUAG